AUGAAGAUCCAGAUACCGAAGGAUGACAAUUAUAUACUCAUGCUAGAUAAAAUCAGUGAGGAGGAGAAAUUUUUCAUUCACGUUUUGUCAACAUGUGAGGAGAAGAAUCUGAUUGACCACCUGUUUCCCUUUGUGGAUUGGGUAUGGCUGAAGUCAGAUUUGAUAGCUUGGGCGCCCGUGCUGAAUCGGUUCGACGACCUCCUGCAGAGGUACAUUGUUCAUAAUAAGUUGAGUCGGGAGGAGACCUGCAUUUCGAGAGGUGGUGGAGGCGUGGAGGCCGGCGCGGACGCCGAGGCGCAGGGGGGGAAGGGAAGCGAAAAGCCAGGCGAAAAUAACAGUGAGAGGACGAGCGAAAAGAACAAUCAACUGAUGAACGAAAAGAACAAUCAACUGAUGAACGAAAAAAACAAUCAACCGCUGCACGAAAAAAACAAUCAACUGCUGAGCGAACCCCCUAGAGAAUCGUUCGUCCCGCCAGAUCUGCUAGUCGAGCAAAUUCUCAGGUUCACGUACCACAUCCUGGACAACUGCCUAAGCAAAUCGAAGUACAACUCUCUGGACCAUUUGCUCGUGCUGCUAUGGAGCUUCAACCCGAAGAUAUCGAUCCUGUCGGCCCAAAUCUUAAACAUAUACUACCUGUUUAUAAAAAAAACGAAGAAAAAUGAAAACAAAAUAAACCAAAUUGUAAAUAUCCUGUCAGCUCUAAUUAACAUCCCGGUGCCUAGUUUUUUACACCCAUAUAUAAACAACGAUAUAGGACGGAUAAACGACAACAACUACAUUUCUGGCCUAGUGCUGUACUACCUGCAUGACUCUACAGAUAAGCGUUACAUGCAGAACGUGUACAACAAAAUUGAUAAUAGGUACCUUCUCGACCUAAUCGAGUAUGACCUAAACCUGGAUAGUGUCACAAUUAACGUGGAAGAUCACGAGAUCCCCUUCACGUCCGUCCUCCCGAAGGAGGUAAAGUAUAAUAAGGCGAAGGAAGCCCUACAACAGGCAUACGACGCCAUCAUGAAUAAGUAUCAAAUAGACGAAAAAAAAAAUUUCGACCUAAGACACAAAUUAAGAAUCUAUAUGGGAUUAAUAUGUCCCAAGUACAGAAAAAAAUUAUUCAACUUGAGGUACUUAAUCAUAUCAGGUGCCUUGUCCAUUAACUCCAUUUUGUAUCCACAAAUUAUUCCUAGCAAUACGAUAUUUUUACAGGAAAUUUUGUACCUACUAAAGUAUCACAAAUUUAUUCAUUUUAAGACGCUGCAAAUAAUCUUUGACUUACUGACCACGGCGAUAGAAUCCCAUCUUCACUACAAAGUUGUGUCGGAUAUUUUGGGUCUACGAUUGCACAGUGGUUUAUUUAUUAGCGUUUUUAAGUACUAUCUGAAUUAUUUUCUCUCCACAUAUACAGUACAGAAGGAUAUUUGCCCUCUGCACAUUAUGAACGAGAGCCCCGUGGAAAUAUACAGCACCAAUGAUAUCAACAAUUUGUAUGUAAAAAAAAUUCAGGAGGAGAAGGCGAUAAGCACGUCUUCCCCCCCGCUGCAGGGCGGGAGUGUGCGCGCUGCUGGGAACGGUAACUUUAUCGCGCGGGCCAGUAUUUACAGCUCCCUGAGUGAGCUCCUUCCGAACGAAGGUGUGGAUCGGCCCCCCAGGCAACAGCACAGUCACCCCUUUGGAAGUGGUGCUCCCUCACAUGAGGAGGCAGCAACCCAUUUCGCAAGUAAUCAUCAGGACGCCACCCAAAGGGGGGGAGCAAUUUCUCUAGCCGAUGCGCAAGGCUCCAAUCAGUUAAGCACCACCAACGAUAAUUCGAUAUUCAAUGCGGAUGCGUUUAGAGGAGAAGACAAUCCCCUCAGCAUUGACUAUAGUGACCCCGCAGGAGUGAUCGGGACGAUGUCCCCAUUUGUGAACAAUCCCCCCAUGAGUGGGAGCAUAAAUGCUGUACAAAAUCUUAACAUCCUUGACUACAUGAGCAACGAAGGCGAUACGAAUAAUGAGGUGGAUUCCACUCACAUGAGAGAUCCACCCAGUGUGAGGGAUCAAUCCCAUUUGAGGAACCUGAAUCUAUUCGACUUCAUGAACAACUCGGACGAAGUUGACCUGAUGGGUGGUGACACCACGGAUAAUAACAGGCUAAACAACCAACCGAGGAAUCGAAACAGAUUCAAGGAGGAAAUGCAGUACGAAAAUUACAUAAGUGAAGACGUAAUCGUAAGCAAUAUAAAAAAUUGCAAGAAAAAUGGAGAAAGUGAAUUUAUAAAAAUUUCGAAAAAAAAGUUUAAAGAUUUUAAAAAGAAGAAAAAGCAAGUGUCUAUGAUGCUACAGUUAUUGACCCUGUACCAUACGUGCAUUAUGGAGCCGUGCCCAAUUCUUACCAUAGCGCAACAGAACACGCUCAAAUUUUUUCCCCUAUAUUUGCAAGAUAGCUACACGGAUAAUCUACCUAUUGUUCAUUUGUUACUGAGAAUUAUGGAAACGCUGUUGGACUUUACGCCCAACUUUUAUUUCACGGCGAAGAACGAGGAGGAGCUGUACAAAAUUCUACUGUCUCGUUUUCAAUAUGAAAUAUUUAUGAUGUCAGACAGUUUUUACCACCUGAAUCGGGAGCACUUUCUGAGGUUUUAUUUCGAGCCCUUUGACUACCGCGGGUACGACCGCACCUUUGUGGAGGGCGAGGAGGAGGCCCGCCGCUACGCAGGGGAAGCGGCACAGAAGGGGGAAGUGGGAGAGGCGGGAGAAGCGGGGGAGGCGGGAGAAGCGGGGGAGGCGAAAGAAGCGGAAGAAGCGGGCGAAGCGGGGGAGGCGAAAGAAGCCAAAGAGGCGGAAGAAGCGAAAGAGGCGGACGGAAAGGUGAACGCCGAAAUCGUGGCCGCCCACCCUUCCGCUACUUCCACCCAGAACAGCCUCUUCUCCCGGCGCAAUGCGAAGCUGGUGAGGCUGUUUCAAACGUACGACAUAAACGAGAGCGCCACGGAGGAGACCCUGCUGAACAGGUUCACCUUCUGGUGGAAGCUGUACAUAUAUGAAGAACGAGUGAAAAUCAUAAAGAUGAUAAUAAAGGCACUAAACCUGGCGUUGAAGGGUUACUCCCCAACGGACACGCUUCUUGACAUAUUUACAAAUAAUUACAUCUCUGUGAAAAUUAUUAAGUACAUUUUAAAGUACCCAAACAAGUUUGGCCUCUGCCUGUAUGGUUACAUAUUAGGGUUUAUAUAUGAACACAUAUAUGAAGAUCCCACGAUUUUAUCCACAUUGUUGAAGGAAGGCCUUUUGAACAUAUUACUAAACAGCAUAGUAGAGGAUAAUUUGAAAGACGAAACGGUGUUGAUCUAUGUCCCGUCUCUCCUCUCCUUAAUGUUUAUUCACAGCAUUGGAAAGUCAGCCAUGAGGAAGUUGAAUUACUCCCCUAUAUAUAACCUUUUCCACUAUGUGAUCAAAAUAGAUUAUUUUUUUUUCGACAGAUUUGGUGAUAUAGCUGUUUCGAUAGGAAACAUUAUCAACGAACUGGAGAACUACGGCUUCGUUAUGAGAGAUUUCCUUUCCUUUCACGUAAAAUUAUUGAAGAAAUUAUAUUUGGAGGGUCUAAAUUUGGGUUACUGGAGAUGUUUGGAUUAUGACUAUGUACAGAAGUAUGUAGAAUCGUCAGGAAAGCAGUUGCACCAUGUGCAGUUGAAGGAUCUGAAUAUAGAUCGGUACAAACACAGAAGGGAUGACUUCUUCUUGGAUAGAUUAUCCAUCCUAUGUCGAUGUAUCCUAUCCUAUAUGAAGACCUCCUGGAUUAAAUCCUUUUUAAAGUUAAACGGACUUAAGUUUUUAAUGGCCUACACAAAUUUGAUUAGUCUACCUCCGAACUAUAUUCACAUUUUCGAGUAUCACUCCAUUUACACCUUUGUCAUGAAAAUAUAUUUGUAUGCCUCCUUCAAGAAUGUGUACAAUCAGUUCCUUUAUCCUUUGUACAACUACAGCAACUUCGUUUCGUAUGUUCAGUACGUUAGUUUGUUGUUCAUGGGUUCUUUCUACUUCGACCUGGGCGACAACGUCGUGGUGGUGAAGCGGUCCGCUCUCCGCGCGGGGGAAAUGGGACAAAUGGGUGAAGCACUUGGAACGAAUGGAGCGAGUCAUGCGCAUGGAACGAGUGAAGCACUUGGAAUGGGUGAAGCACUUGGAAUGGGUGAAGCGCUUGGAACGAGUGGAGCACUUGGAACGAGUGAAGCGCUUGGAACGAGCCAUGCGCCUGGAUCUGCUGGAGCGGCCGGCAAGCCCUUCCAGCGCGGAAGCAAGUACCUGAGGACGGACUUCUUCGCUGGGCCGUUCAUCGACCGCAACCAGCUGCUCCUCUGCAACAUCACGCAGCUGUUCAACAUCCUGUACUUCUUAAUCUCGGCCUACACCGACGCCAAGGGGCUCUACGGAAACGAGGAGAAGCUGUACGACCUGUCAGAAUUGUCAAACAGAAAAAUCUUGGAAAUAUUUUCAGACGUCCUCAUAACUAUAGAGAGCGUAUUCGACUUUUUCUUUACGUUGUAUUUUUAUCAGACAAAUGAUUCAAACCAGAACAUGUUUUUGCACCUGAAGGAUAAAGUGUGCAUCCAUGAACACAUCAAGCGAACACUUCGAAACAGCCAAAAUAAAUCGGAUUAUCUGCUGUACAAUUUGUUCGGAUCGAGUCGCUCCCUCUUCUGCUAUUCGAUUAAUAACAAUUUGUACGUAUUGAACAAUGAUCAGGGAAAAACACACAUCCUUUGUGACCACGACAAAGCAGAUGAUUAUAAAAUGACGGAUCACCUCAGUGGGUUAGAUAAUGAUGACAGAGUGUAUAAGGCCAUUUACAGAUACGCCUUUUCGCAGGUCCUUGUUGAAUUUAACACCUUUAUGCACAAAAGUAUGAAAAUGCCAUCGGACAUUGUAGCUUUUAAAAAUAAAGAAAAGUCGAAAUUUCAAAAAUAUUUUUCAAGUUCCGAGGAAUCAAUUGUCGGGCUCCAAACAGGUAAGAAGAAAAACGGUCCGAACUUAGCGCAUAGUCGAAAUGAUAGCAACGCGGGGGUGAUAACCCACCUUCUUUGUAAUAAUACAACAACAAAUUGCAACACGGUGAAGGAGACCCCUCUCUCCAGCGGCAACCCUUUUGAGACUGAUGCCCCAGGUGUCGAAAAGAGCCAGUUAAACGCGCAGAGUGUUGCAAACAUGUACGCAGCAUACCGCGGCGGAAGUUGUAUGGAAUAUCACUUUGCGGAGAAAAACCAACAGAAAGGAGUAAAUAACGAGCCGAGCAUUAUCGGAAAUGGAAGUGGCGGAAAGGGCAGUGGAGGAAAUGACAGCUGCGGAAACGACGGUGGUGGCAACGCCUGUGGUGGCAACGUCUGUGGCGGCAACGUCUGUGGCGCUGCUAACAGCGAAUACAACGACUACUACAUAGAGGACAAGAACAUCCACAUGCACACGCGCCUCGCGUAUGACUCGAAAUACGUCCUGUGCGAAAGCCUCAGAUCGCUCCUAGUGGUAAUUAAAAAAUUUUUCAUCAUGAUUAAUCUAGCCUGCCAUACGAGGCAGUUAAAAUUGAAGCCCACCGCAAACUAUAUCUUUUACAAUGUGAUCCAGCAGAAGCACAUUCUGUGCAUCAUUCGAUGUUUAACCAAGUGCAUGAUGAAUGUGCCCGUGGUGAGCAAGCCCAUUCAGGAAAACCCCUACCUCGCGGGGGGCAAAACGAGAAGAGUUUACAGCGUGUUGUCUGACCACAUAACGGCGGAGAAGGUCAGCUAUUUGAGCGACCCCAGUGAGAGGCAUCCACCGUCAGCAUCGGCAGCAUUGGCAGCAUCAGCAGCAACACCCUCAUACGUGACGAUGAAUGGCGGUGCGAACAGUUUCUACAGCUGCAGCUGCGGCGGUGGUAGCACCAACCGUGACUCGGUCGCGCGAAGUGCCUACAAGAAUGGAGCCAAGAAAUGGCCCAAGGUUGGAAUGAAGGUGGACUAUCUUCCAUGUGAAAACAUCGCGGAAGAAAAUCCCUCCAAGGAGCACUUACCCCACUGUGGUAGGGCCAAUUUUGCAACGGAAAGAAACUCACAGCAGAAGAACCUCAACCUGUAUGACUAUGCGUACACCUCGUUCACAAGCUACCAUGUAGAGAAAAUAGAAAAUUAUUAUCCCGAGCCGUUCUACAUGGAGGAAAUUUUGUUCAAACGAUACAACUUUAAUUUUUCCCUGAUCGACGUGGUGCCGAAUAAGGACCUUCACCAUAAUGGCCAGGCAGGGUCUGCUGGGCCAGCGGACAAGGGACCGGUGCAAAAUGGAAACGCAAGUGCAAAUGGAAAUGCAUUUCGAGAUGCGUUUUCCACUGUGCAGGGUGGAAAUGUGGCCCCGCCCCCGUGCCGAAACCAUCCGGAAGAGGAGGAAUACCAGGGGAGAAUAACCCCCCGGGGAAACAUCCCCAAUCGAGAUUUGAGCAAGUAUAACAAAUCGUACAUUUGCACCAGCGUUCGGGAGGCGGACGGGACCUUCCGCGUGGUCCACCACAACGAUAGCUUCAAUUUUGUGAAGUUCGCAGAGGAAAGCGCGAACGAGCCCAGCGGAGCAAGCCAGGCGAAUCAAGAAAGGAGUGGCGAAACGAGUCAGCAAACGGGUGGCGAAACGAGUCACCAAGGGAAUGCGCAGAACAACCCAAGUAGCAAUAACGCCACCACGAACGAGAAGAAAAGUGUGAAGGAUAUGCUGAAGGAAAAAAAACUCACCCCAGUGAGCAUCAGCAUAGAACAUUACAGCCCGAUGAAAACAGUGAAGUACAUCGCAGAGCUUAUCAACAUUUUGCACAAACUACUGUCGGAUAACAAGCUGGAAUUUAUUAGCUACUUCUAUUUCCUGGACUUGCUAUACAAAGUGGGAACGUUCGACUUCAUUUUCAACAUGUUCAAUUAUGUGAUGAGUGUGUAUAUAUCUCUCCUGGCAUUAUAUUACAAGAAGAAGAAAGAGAUGAAAGAGAUGAAGAAGAACAAACAUAACGUCAGGACCAAUUUUGUUACUUACAUUCCAAUUCACAUCAGCAAGAAUUUUACCUGUACAAAUACCUACUUCGUUCGGUAUAUAGUCAGGAUAAUGGAAUACUAUUCUGGUGCUGAUUUGAGUAUGCUAAAGAUUUAUCUCCAAAUUGUCGUUAAAGGGAUAAGUGCCUUUCUGGAUUUCUUUGUCAGCCUCAUCAAUAUUGGCAAAUUUAACUUGAUGCUCUUUUGCUCCAAGAUGCUGCACCCCCUCACGCGCUUGCACAACUUUGAGAACCUCUCCCCGGAGAGAAAAACGACGCACAACGAGGGAGGGGGGUCAGCACCGGAGGAAGCAGCCGCGAAGGAAGCAGCCGCAAAGGAAGCAGCCGCCAACGAAGCAGCCGCCAACGAAACAGCCGCCAACGAAACGGCCGCGGAAGCACACAGUGGUGAUGUGGCCCCGCCGAAUGGAAAGACCGAAGCGAGCAACCCGUUCCUCACCACGGGGAGCGCGCAAAGUCGCAGUAACGGCGCAAGUGGAGAAGCCAAUUUAUUAACACCCCAGCUGGAAGGACCAAACGAGUUAAGCGAGAGCAGUGUGGAAAUGGCCGCGUUGGAGAAUUCCCACGUGGGCGCAUUCCCUAGUUUGAGUGAAGUCAAGGGGGAAAAAAAACAUGACACCGCGGAGCUUAGCAAAAGUAACAACGCAGUCAAUGGUGAGAGGCAGAGUAAAAAAGGUGUUGACUUUCCACUUGGCGGAAGUAACCCCAAGGAAGAGAAUACUACCACUACUACGACUACCACUACGACAGCUACCACUACCACUACUACGACUACCACUGACACACCCCCGCAAAAUGCAAAACACAAAUCAGAUCACACAUUCACGUACAACAACAACUUCAUAUUCUCCCUGGACUACUUCGACAUUGUUAACACGAUAAGAUCGAUGAAGUGCGAAAUAGCUGACAACAUAUUCAUGUGGCUGACCUACAUCAACAGUACCAGUGUUAAAAUUAGCAACCUGGGGAAGAACAACAUAUACAUAAAUUUUAACAACAAUAUAAUAUACACCUUGCUGAGAAUUAUUUUAAAAUUUAUUCAUCACUCCGUUGAAGUGGAACCCAAAAUGAUCGAUUUCUGGGAGAAGGAAAAAUGCAAAGAUAAAAAAAACGUUAGUGGAAAGGAGAAGGAUAAGGACAAGGAUAAAGACGCAUUUAACUAUCCCCAUGUGAAUAUUUUGGAGGAAUGGGGUCUAAUGGGCUUUGACGAAAAAACGAUUUAUGACUGCCUCAAUUAUUCCGGCACCACUGACCUCGAUUGUACGUUGAAUUAUUUGGAUAAGGCCAAGGAGAAGGAGUUCUUCCUCAACAUAGGAAAGGAUAAGCUUCUUGGAGAGAGAAAAAACAACGUGGGUAGAAGACCCCCCUACUACGACUUUGACUACAACAGCAGUGAUGAGAAUUCGACCUCGGGUAACAGAAGGGUGGGCAUCCGAUUGGGGAUGAACGAGAAUGCCAGCGAAGAGGAACUCAAUGACGCGGUGCAGGUUGCUGGAGAGCGCAACCCCAUCGAUGCCGGUAGCACUACUGAGGUUGCCCAUCACGUGGAUGCAAACAAUUCCCCAACGCCACUCAUCCUAAACGAUGCCUCCCAAAAUGGAAACGACAAGGAGGAUAUCUUCCACAAAAAUGACAAGUACGUUCUGGAGAAGUUCCCCUUUAUGUUCGAAAUUUUGAAGGAAGCCAAAGCAAAGGCAACACAUGCAAGGGUGUAUUACUACCAAACGAUUAUGGAUCCAAACAGCAAGAGAAACAUGAUAUUAUAUCUGCAGUACUACUUAAAGUUACUGAAAAAAAAUCUUUUCCUUACAUAUGAAGAGAAAAAUGAUAUUAAGCAAUUUUGGGAUGAAGAAAAUUAUUUGCUCCUUAGGCAAUUAAUUUAUAAGUAUAUUUUUAAUAUGCUCAUAAAUAUAAUGAUAACCAUUCCUUUUAGGGGCUUCCUCCUUAUCGACAUUGACAAGAAGAGUGUGAAAUUGCUCCUGGACCAUUAUAGAAAAACCAUUCACGACAAAAACACCAACAAAAGUCGUAUAUUCAAUCACCAAGAUGUGAAAAUUAUUAUACUGUAUUACUUUAUUGAAAAUAUUUCGAAGAAAAUAAAAACCUUGAAGAAUGAUGAGGCUUUCCCCAUAGAACCCUUCUACCAUUGUCACCACCUGUUCAUGUACUUUAAUAAGAGGAAAAAUAAAAACGUGAAGAAUGGCGAUGACGGUGGGAUAAAACCGGAGAAGAAGGAUAACAAAAAUGGGAAUAAAAAUAAAUUUGUGCAGAACAGAAAUGGGCUGACAAGUGAUAACGGUGGAGUGAUCCCCAUUUUGCCUCAAACUGUAGAUGCAGCGGGAGACCCUUUUGGAGACUCCAACACGGACGCGAAUGCGGGAAACGCCACCGGGGUUGGCAACAGCAUCAGCAGUGGAAUCAGCGGUGCUGUGGCUGGGAUGGGGGGCGCUGUCACCAUGGGAAGCGGUCGCGGUCAUGAAGCCCGUCAAGGGGGAAACGAAGUGGGCCAGGCAGCAAGCAGCACUUCCGGAAUGACACCAAACGUACCGCAUAACAUCCCGACGAAUGGUGGUGCCUCCGGGGGAAGCGCACUUAACAGUAUGCGCAACAUGCUGAUGAGCACCACUUUACCCAGCAGUAGAACAAACGCGAUGAGCAAUGCGAACAAUCGUAGUAGAGUAGGAAACCCAGUGAGUGAAUUCCUUGCAGAGUACCAACUGAACAAUAACUACGACGUUAGUAACCACAGUGAUGACAACACCACUACGGCAUUCUACCCAGGAAGUGACGUCGUGGAUGACAAAAAUUCGGUCAUAAAUAACAACAAAAAAAGUAAGGAGCAUAAUAACCCAGAUGGUGAGGCACCGAACGAUACAAAUGAUCCCAAAGGUUGCAUCUACAGAACCAAGUAUAUUAAAGGAGAUCUAGAUGUUAUAUAUGAGUCUCAAAGGGACAUGGAAAUAUACUCCUACCACUUUUGUCUCUACAUGCUUUUUUUCACCCUUUGCAACAUUAUCGAUAAGUACACGAUCGCAAGAAAUUUGAUUUUGCACAUAGAUAGGAACAUCCUGGAUUAUUGCAUUUUCUUUUUACACAAAUUUAACGUGGCCUAUGUGAAGAGCGUGGAGGCGAAUGUUAGCUACUUCUUAACGGAGGGCCAAUCCCCAAUAUGCCACAGAUCCCAAAUAUGCCAAAAAUCCCAAAGAUCCCACUCGUGUGUAUCCAUUUCUGGCUCGAAUGAUGAACAGAUAUUUUCAAAUGCUCACGGAGGGGGAAGCUUCUUCCCCGGUGUGGAUUACGAAGCGCCCGCGAAUGAUAACGAUGCGGGGAAGAGAAAUCAAGAAAAGAAUAAAAGGAAGAGAAAAUUUAACAAAAUAAUGGCAGCAAGUAGGACUGCCCCUAACAUGAAUGAGCAGCCGAACGGGUUAACGAAUGUCGACCCAUGUGAACAGGGGGCCCUUUUGGCAGGUCACUUCCCCCCACCGCUUUCAAGUGCUCAUGGCAACAGUUUUGACGGCGCCCCCAGGGAGGAGGAUACGAAUGACUAUGCGCAAAAUGGGAGCCACAAAAAGUAUUCUUCUCACCUUUGCGAUGAGAGGGAUAAUGACUACUUGCAUCCCACGUGUGUCGGUUCUGACUCUGCCAACAUGAGUGGAAUAACCCACGUGGAGCAAACCAACAACAAGGCACUGGUGCUCUCAGCGCAGGGUGGAACCACAGGGAAUAACUGCCAAGCACAGAAGAGUGAGAAGAACCAGAACCCAGCUGAGGCUAACCAGAACCAAGCUGAGGCUAACCAGAAGGAACAGAAAAUAAUAAACCACAUGUACAACAAAGGAUUGGUCAUAAAUAAAAACAUCAAAACGUAUGGCAUGCUGAUUCCGUACUGGAACUUAGCCGACACAGAUAUUUCCGAGGUGAACCAGAAAACGGCUAUCAAUUAUUCACUACAAGAAAAUGAGGAAAAUAAAUACAUCUCGCUGUACUCCAAGCCGCCGUGCUUCUACACGCCCCUGUUCAUGUGCCUGUACAAAAUUAUCAUUAACUACUCCUUGCACAAUUUUAACGACAAAAGUAGAAAGGUAAUGAAGAAACAACAGAAGGAGGAAAAAAUGAAUGACGACAAGUUCGGCACCAGUUUGGUCAAGAAUGCACCAGCCAACAAAAUGGAGAAGGCCACCUCGCAGAGUGAGAAGAAAAAUCUCAGCAACAAUGUGGCAGCCAACACGAACGCGGCAACUGCGCAAAUGGGGCAAAUCGGGCAGACCGCUCCAACCGCGCAAACGAUUACGGAAAACAUCCGAUUUAUGUCCUCGGAAAAACAACACAACAUAAUAAAGAUAUGCAUCGACACUUUGUAUUUCUUCAAGGGCUACAACGCACAGCUGUGUAUGAGCAUUUUACAGAUAAUUGAAUAUUUGACUACCACGUACAGCAACGUCAUUUUCUUCAUUUCGUAUUCGCCUCCAAAUGUGUAUAGGAACUUUAGGAAGGUGUUCGAACUGGAGGAAAGGAGGAUGGAAAGGAUGCGAGCAGGGGGAAAGAACCUGAUUGAUAGAGGCAGCGCGAACGGAAGGCCCAACACAACAGCAACAGGGGAGAAUCCUAACACGGAAUUAUUGCCUAGCGGAGCAGAAGAACUUUCUCGAGGGGAUCUGCACAAAAGAGAGACCAUCAUCAGUGGCGGAAGCGUUAUGGAACCCCUUAGAGAUAGAAGUAGUAGGGGAAUGUGUUGCCCCCCCAAUGUUACAAGCAGUGAGCAGCACGACUACGUUGGUCACUUCGAACAGAAAUGCGAUCCCCAUUUUGACCUGAACGAGUUGAUCCUAAAUAACAUCAGCAGAAGCGGACUUGGAAUUCUCCUAACCAUUUCGAAACAAGCGAAAUUUAAGGACAUGCUCAUCAUCCUGAUAAACAUUCUCAUCCAAUGCUUCACCGACAACUACGUCAUUGCCAAUCGAAUUGAAUAUAGUCUUAAGUCCUACUUCCUGUAUCAUGGGAUCCCAGUCAAGUGCUUUAUGAGAAAGGAUGACUUGAAAGUCAUAGAGGAUCAAAAAUUCUCCAACGCCUUAGGCGUAUCAUUAAGUGAAUUGAAUGAGGCAUUAUAUCCUUUCAUUUUUAAGAACCCCCAAAUGUAUGAAGAAAUUUUGAGUUGUUUGUGUUUUUUUCCCAACCUGAAAUAUGUGAAGAAGGAUGAAGCGAGUGAUGUGCAGCAUCAGGUUAGCGACCCGCCUGAUUUGCUUCCGUUCAAUGGUUUUGCCAAGGCGGUUGGUGCGCACAGCGCAGCAGGGUUCACAAGCGAACAAACGAAGGAGAAAAGGAACGGGGAAAAUGUGCACACAGUUGCGUUUAAUGGUGCCGAAAUUGCAAAGGGGACGAAAACGGAUAGGAUGAAAAAGGGAAAGGAUGGCGUGAAGGAUUACGGGAAGGACUGCGGGAAGGACGACGACCAAGAAGGGCGAAAUGCUUUCCAAAGUGCCACGAGCAACGGCGCGCUGAGUGGUGCAACCCAGUUGAGCAAGAAGAAGGGCAAGUCGGUGAAGGAAAGCAGUGCGCAGCAAGCGGCGGCGCCUAAUGGCGACGGAAGCAAGUUCUACCUAAACCUGCUGCCCAUACCGGAGCACAUCAAAUCCAUUUACAUGCUCUCCGAAACGGCCAACAGCACCAAGUAUCUGAGGAAGUAUUUCCUGAAGAACAAUUUUUACAACUUUUACAUCUUAGCAGUUCUGCUAGAUUUCCUGAACCUGUUCACCAUCAUCCAAAGCAAAACGAGGUUAGUAAAGCUCACCGAAAAGGAGGAAAGGCUACAGUUUAACAAGAAGCUAAUGGAGAUUUAUGGAACGCAUGCCGACUUUGACACAGAACUGGAUUACAAGGUCAUGUACCCCUUCGCACUGACAGCAGAUAAUAUGCUCUUCAUUAUCAACUUAAUUUUUAAAACGUUUAAACAUUUGAUCGUUUAUUUGGUUAAGGUCCCCAAUUCUUUUAACUCCAAAAUUAUGAAGACUUUUUUUCUGAGUGAUUAUGAUGAGCUUGUGCAUGGUUGUAAGGGGGACGCUCUGCAAUACAAUGACGCUCCCGUUUCUGCUCAUUCUUCCCAGGUUAACACUACAUUUGGAAGGGAUGCAAAACUGUGCAACAGUGUGUUAGCGUUAUCAGGAAUGAAUCAAGGCACUUCGAGUCGAAGUAAAAAUAGCACGGAUGUUUUUUCUAGCAGCUGUGGGGCAAUUUCAAUUACCCCUCCAAAUGGCGACCACAACAGUUUUGGCGGCGACGAUAUGAACGUCCUUAUAAAGGGGACCUCCGAACAGGGUGCAAUACCGAAAUGCGGCGAUAAUCACGUAGCAGUGGAAGGAGCAACUGUAAUGCACAAAAUCGCGAAACUCGAGUUGACCUCUAAUACUCCCUAUACGUAUCGAGAAAUGUCUGAGUUUUAUUUACAAAAUUAUUUGCAAUACUAUGCCCUCUUCGAUUUAUCCAAGUUGACGUUUAGGAGCUGCUUGUUCCCGUUUCUGCUGGACAGGGGGGCGUGUCAGGCGGGGAGCAGCGGCAGCAGGGAGAAGGGGAAGGACAGAGGAAAGGAGAAGGAAAGGGAGAAGCACAUCGAAAAGGAGAAGGAGAAGGAGAGGGAGAAGUGCACCGAAAAGGAGAAGGAGCUGCUUGCAGGCCAUCUUAUCAACGCGAACCACCCCAACAACCUGGUGUUUACACCCCUGCUGAUAUUUUUGUUCAAACGGAUAUUACCCCAAUUUAUAUGCCUGAGCCACCCGAGCAUCCACACGACCUACUCCCCCAAAAAAUUGGAGGAAAAAUCCAAGUCCACGGAUUACCAUUACCAAUCUGUAUUAAACAGCAACGAAUUCAAAAAUGUGAACUAUGUUAAACACAUUGUCAAUUUUGUUCAACUCAUUUUUGAUAUUCACUCCUCCAGCUACGAUGUACAUAAGAAAGUGGUGCAAGAAAUUAUGCACCUCCUGAAGGUGUAUAGCAUUUUUCAGAAACGGAAGGAACAACACCCUUCUGGGAAAGCAUGGACCAAUUGGAACAACAACGUGUUCGGAACCCUCAUCGAUGUAUUCUCUUACGCUGUAAGUGCUUUACUGUACAAGCUGGUCAACGAGGAACAGAAUAUCAAGAUAGAGAACAGCCAUCUGCUGGAGGAGAAGCACCUGCUCGGCAGCGGCAAGUACAUUUCCAAGGUGUUGGAGUUUGCACAGAAGGGUGAGGAGGAGCAGGAGGCUAGGAACAAUGGAGGCGGUCCCAACCGCGACGACAGCGACGACUGCGACGACUGUGACGACAGUCGGGGCGGGCGCGGCGCGAACGGGGGAAGUGGAAAUGGAGGAAACUACAGAGGUGGUAAUCCAAGCGGUGGUAAUAAUAACGGUGGCAAUCACAACGGUGGUAAUAAUAACGGUGGCAAUCACAACGGUGGUAAUCCAAGCGGUGGCAACCCCAACGGCGGCAACCCCAACGGCGGCAACCCCAACGGUGGCAACCCCAACGGUGGCGGAGGCGACGACCGCGACGACCGUGACGAGGAGGAGAAGGCCGAGAAGAAGGACGACAGCAAUAAAAUGUUCACGUAUAGCAGGGAGCAGCUGGCCCUGUUCCGCAUGGUGCUGUGUAACUUGCUGAACAAGCUGGACUACACAAAGGAAGACUUCGCCAACACAGCCACAUCCAUCAUUCGCUGUUUGUCCGUCCUGACAUCCGCACCUAUUUUGGGUCACCCCAUAAAAACAAAGAACAACAAACUGUACAUGCUAAAAUUGAACAAACUAAAUGAAAGGAAGAACAAAAAAAUUAAAAAAAUCAAGAGAAAUAAGAGAAGAAAAAAUAUGUCAUGUGUAACUUUCUUAAAUCCAUCGUAUGUGCGCUUUAGAUCUGACUCGAGUAAUAACAACUCUGCCGGUUCGGACAUCCCCUACUCAGUCGACUCGGAUGUGUCGUACGAGGAACACUUCAUUUUUGAUAAUGACGAUAGUAACGAUGAGGAUGACCUUCGAUAUGAGUAUGAGGAGGAGAUGGACGAUGAUUACGUUGACAUGGUGGAUGGUGAGGACAUGGACGAGGACGCGGAUGACGCGGAUGAUGCGGAGGACGACGAUGAGGGGGAUGAUGAAGCGGAGGACGACGAUGAGGUAGAUGACGAGGCGGAUGAGGAUGUAGAUGAUGAGGCGGAUGACGAUGUAGAUGAAGAGGCGGAUGACGAUGUAGAUGAAGAGGACGACGAGGUAGAUGACGAGGCGGAUGAUGAUGGUGAAGAGGACGAGGGAGACGAAGCAGAUGCAGCAGCGCAUGGAGAGGAGGAAGAUGAUGAGGUGGUGGAACCGAAUGAUGCAGAUGAUGUUGGCGAAGCAGAUGAGGACGCUGGCGAAGUGGAAGAUAGACCUCGAAGGAGGAGAAGAAGAGUAAGAAGAAGAAGAAACGCAGAAUUGCGCAACGAACGAGGGGGCCACUCCGAACCCAGGCGCAACAACAGCAGCGGCAGCGGCAGCAAUAACAACAACACGUUGAACAACGCACAGAUGGAUACCGAUGAGAAUAAUGAAAACUCACUUAAUGAUGGGGCGGAGGAAACGGAAGGGAAUUACACCAAUGAGGAGGUGGAGGAAGAGGAGGAAGAUAUAGAUGAGGAGGAAGAAGACGUCGAAGAGGAUGAACAGGAGGAUGAGGAUGAGGAGGACGACGAUAUGGAGGGCGACGACGAGGAUGACGAUAUGGAGGAUGAUGAGGAGGACGACGACGACGAUGAAGAAGAAGAAGAAGAACCCAUGGAGGAGGAAGAAGAAUACGACGAAAUCGACAUGGAGGAGGAAGAGGAAGAGGAGGAGGAUGAUGAUGCAGGGAGAAACGGAAAUGAACAUGAUACCAAUAGAGGCCUACACGUACACGCCUACCUCGUGCAAGACAGAAACGUCAUUGAUGAAGACAAUCUUUAUGAUAACUCCAACAAUUUGUUACUCCCCCACGAGGUUGACGAAAAUGAAGAAAACAUGUCACACAUGGGGGAUAACAACAAUAACAUCGUCUCGAAUUUGGAGUUGGGUUCGGACAGUAGUAACGAUAUGGAUGAAGGGCAAGGGGUUCAUAGAAUUAGAGAAAUUGACGAAACGGAGGACUAUGAUGAGGAUGACGAUGAGGACGACGAUGACGAUGAUGACGACGAUGAUGACGAUGAUGACGAUGACGAUGACGACGAUGAUGAUGAUGAUGACGAUGAUGACGAUGACGACGACGAGGAGGAGGAGGAAGAGGAAGAAAUCGACGAAGAUGAGGAUGAAGAAGAAAUCGGCGGAAAUAACAGCGCCUUCCGAAUCAGCCAAACGGAUGAUAACGGCAGAGCAGCGAAUAACAACGCUGAUCUAAUCGACACAGAAAUGAACGUGAACAAUUCCCUUCUCACAUGUAAUGAAAAUCAACACGAAAUUUUAGAUAUCCUGAUGGAGGAGGAUGGUGUAUAUAAUAUUAAUGACGAUAUAGAUGAAUACAACGAUGACUAUAUCGACGAUGGGGAAAAUAAUAAUCGAGCUGCUAAUAGCAAUGUUAACAAUGUGAGCAGCGCACCGUUGGGAAGUGAUAACAAUGUGAGCAGCGCACCGUUGGGAAGUGAUAACAAUGUGAGCAGCGCACAACUGGGGAAUGAUAACAAUGUGGGGAAUGCACAACUGGGAAGUGAUAACAACGUGGGGAAUGCACAACUGGGGAGCGAUAACAACGUGGGAAGCUCUUCCCCGAAUGCGAAUGGUGGUGAAGAUAAAAAUGGCUACCCGGAUAUAACUCACAGGGGAGGUGACAAAAUUGGGCACGGCGAAGCAACCCAUGAUGAAGUAAUUGGCGCCACCCUAGAUGGGAUAAUAACAAACAGCUUGAACAUUCCCCAUGUGGAUUCCCCAUCGGAAGUGAAAAAAGGUACCUGCGGACUGAACGGAUCCAGCGCUACUAAUAUGGCCAACGCAGAGAAUACGGUGAAUUAUCCCAACGUGAUGACCUCCAAUUCAGAAAUGUCAACACAGAACAAAGGCGUUUACAACGAAUUGCAAAAUGAACAGGAGAGUAACGGAAUUCACGUGGGUAUAAAUAAUGGGGAACAGCAAAAUGAUCUUUUUAGUAAUUCACAGAAUGAUAAUCUGAAUAUAUUACAUGACAUACGUUUGAACAAUGGCUUCCCCGUUUCAGUUAGUGGUGCCCCGGGGGAAACACCCUUCCCGGCGCAAAUGAACCAAGUGACCCAUAAAAGCAUGAACGUUGUUGCAAACGGGAACAUGAUUAAGGGCGAAAUGAACAACGUGGCUUCGAUUAACGAAGAAGGUGGUGUAGGAAGUGGAGAAGGAGGAGCAAAUAACAAAUUCGGUGCUAAGAGCACAACGGCUGCUAUUGUUAAGCAGGAAGAAAACAGAAAGGGUUCACCCACAGGUGUGAAUGCUUCUACAACGGAAAGCGGAAAGAAGAACGAGUCGGGUGGUACCUCUGAUAAAAUGCAGAGCUCUUCCAUGGAGGGAACCACAAGCAGGGCGAGUGUAAACGAAAAUGACAUUAACUUGAUAGAUUUGUAUUACCAUUUUUACAACAGCAAUAACAGAGAUGUUAACACUUUGCUGGGAGAAAAUAACAGCAUUUUGUAUUUGAACGAAACGGGGACCAUUCACCCCGCCGCGGUGAAGAGUAGCGCGAGUGGGUUGCCCAGUGGGCCCACUGUUGAUCAAAGCGACGGUGCUGGUGCGAGCGGCGUGGAUGUGCCCCAAAAUGGAGUUACCCCAAAUGGAUUACCCCCAAAUGGAGUUCCCCAAAAUGGAGUUCCCCAAAAUGGAAUAUCCCCAAAUGGAGUCCCUACAAACGAAACAACCCCGAUGGGAUUGCCCCCCGUCGAUACCGCCCCCAUGGAGUUAAGCGAUCGGGAGCAAGGAACGCUGCUAAGCAGCAGUAUGGAUAAUUACGGAUCUAUUAACUACACCCCAACGAGCACUAACAUAUUUGCCCUAAUGGAUAAUCUGUGUUCCAAUUUGUUAACCCUAAAUAGAAGAAGAAACGAACGUUUGAAUAGUAUGUUGGCCACCUCUGUGCACAUCCCCGACGGAGUAAGAAAUAACACUAUUAACAUCCCCAUGGGAAUUAGCGAAGAUUUUAACAUAAGCGGAAGCAUCUCAAAUGAGAACAGCCCAUAUGACCACAGCAACAUGUUGCACGAAAGUGGUUGUACAUACUACCACCUAAAUCUAGAUAGAGUUAAUAACGUAUAUUCCCCCCCUAUGUUUAACAACUGCCCAAGUAUGAGAUCCAAUAAUGCUGCGAAUAGAAAUUUGAACCAAACGAACCACAACCUUCGAAAUUUAUUUAACAUUAUUAGAAACUACAAUAUCAGCGAUAAUAAUAUUAACUACACGAGGAAUUCGAGUCUCACUUUGAAUGACUUGGGUAGGAGGGGAGAAUCCUCCGUGGAGGGAAUGAACAACAAUACAAAUGUGAUGAACGUAGAGAAUAGGGAAGCCAAUGUGGGGGAUAUAUUCAGCGAGAGGGGAAGUAACGACGCCCCGAACGUGGGGAACAAUCAGGGUGGAAGCAACAACCAGGGUGGAAGCAACAACCGGGGUGGAAGCAACAACCGGGGUGGAAGCAACAACCGGGGUGGAAGCAACAACCGGGGUGGAAGCCCCCCGCGCGAGGAUGACCCCGACGCGCCGACCGAGAUGAACAACACCGUAGCGAAUAAAAUCAGAAGCGGGAACGCAAUCAAGGAAAAGAACGAUGGAACGAAAGAAGAAAAAUUUAGCCUUACCGACACCGUCCUCGAUAAUGAUAAGAAAUUAAAAAGUAGCAUCUGCAACAUGAUGUACAACAGAUUAUGCAAAGCCAUUCCGAAGGUUCAUAUAAAUUUACCUAUCGAAAAUUUACUGGAGGAAAAAAAAAAAAUAAUUCAAAGCAUGCGCAGAAAGGUAGAAGAGAAGAAAGAACUUGGAAGCAAAAAGGAAGCACAGAAGGGCAAGGCGAGCAAACAGGAGCAGACGAAAAAAGGUGGACUCCAAAAAGGGGAAGUGCCUUCGAAGGAGGAGGAGGUGGAAGCGGAAGAAGAAAAGAAGGACACAACAGAGGAGGUGGAAAACCACGCCGAAGGGGAAGAUAAACAACGCGAUAACAACGCUGCUUCCCCCGACGCAGAUUCCAUGCCCAAUCAAAAUGCCCAAGUGCAGAUUGCACCAACUGGAACGGCCGAUCCACCGUUUGAAUCCGUUUUGUAUGACGGCAGUUCCAGCCUCGAUGUUCCCAGCAGUGAUAUAAUGGUCACAGAUCAGAACAACGCAACUGACCCAAACCAAGCAGACGAGCAGAAUGACAACACUGACCAAAGUGUUCCCAACGAGGAAGACUACAAAAAUAUUAACUACGAAGAAAUAUUCGACAACGUGUUGAAAAUCGAAUCGCUGCUCAUAAUCUGCUGUGCCCUGGGCAUAAACGAAGGCCAGUUCUUCCAACUCCUAAACGUGGAUAGGUCCUUUCUCAUUGAGCUCCCAAACAAUUUAAUCGACGAAAUUAUUGUACAACAUUUGAAGAAUAUUACCCUAGCUAGUGUAAAUGAACUAGCGCAGGAGAAUGCCCAAAACGAUAAAAAAAUUUCGAUAGAGCUGUAUAAGAAGUAUCUGAAAUUUCAGGAGUUUAGCAGGACGCACCCGGGAAGUCAACAACCGAGUAUCCAUAACGAAACCGUCGUCGCGCAAACUGAUCAACGAAAUGAUCAACAAAAUGGCAACGGAAAUACUCCCAAUGGAAGCGCGAUUACAACUGCCCAUGUUGAAGGAAACACCGCGAGUAACAACGACAAUGGUGCAUUAACGGAUCUGGUGGGAGAAACCGUGCAGGGAGUGUCAAAUAAUGAUGGUGCCACAGUUGAGGGGAAUGGCCUCCCAGUGGUGGGCGCCCCAAGCGGGGGAACUGCUACCAUCGUGGAGAGUGCAGCCAACGUGGAGAGUGCAACCAAUGUGGGAAAUGCAAACAACGUAGAAAAUUCAAACAACGUGGAAAAUGCAAACAACGUGGAGAGUGCAACCAACGUGGGAAAUGCCCCCCUUGAAGAAGCCGCCCCCCCCCAGGUGGAAACAACCGCUCACGCGGAAACGACCACGAAAAGCGAAGGCGAGAAAAACCUGCUCAUCUACAACAGCAUAAAGAAAAGCUACCUGGAAGCGCUUCCAUCCAGCGUUCGCGCAGAAAUCAAGAAGAGAAUAAUAGGAAACAGGAGCCAGCGAAACGAAACGCAAGACGAAACGAACAUUGCGUUUAUAGAUUCCUUGACACCGGAGCUCAGGAGGGACGUGCUAUCCUCCGCGAGCUUAAGAUUCAUAAGAACGCUCACGGAGGAAAUGAUAGAAGAGGCAAGAAAUUUAAGAUUCGUGGUGCUCAACAGUCGAUCGAAUUUGCUUAAUGGUAAUAAUCGACCCAGGCAGAACACCGUCGCCAACGCGGUCACCGAUGGGGACAACGCAGAUACGAGUGCUAACGUUAGAGGAAGCAGCGCAGGAAAUGCGAGCAGCGGCGGAGGCAUCUCAAGUGGGCCCAACGCUAGCGGAAUGAACGCGAGUGGAAUGAAUGCGAGCGGAAUGAUUGCGAGCGGAAUGAAUGCGAACGAAAUUGGUGCAAACGAAGUCAGUGCAGUUGGCGUCAGUAACGGCGUCAAUCGCAGUAACAACAACGUCAGCGGAAGCGGCGCAUCGAGCGCGAACGGGCAAACGGAUAACGCCAAUGUGUCACCCACCAGAUUAAACGCAAUCAGAAAUGACAUUCAGGAGCGAAUAACGAACACUGUUUUGAGGAACGCCGUGUCGAACCUAAACAACAUGAGCAACAGUGAAAACAGCAACAGCAACAGAAGCAGCAACAACAAUAACAGUGUUCCAGUAGUUAGCAGUGGCAAUGGCAGGCAUGCAAGGAACAACAGGACGUUGUUUAAUGUCCUUAGUAGAGCCAAUGCCAACAACAGAAGGCGUUUGAAUGCAUCACUGAGAAACCCACUAACCUCAGGGACACAGAGGAACAACUUUAUCAGAAUAACAUACAACGAAAAUAACAAUCCCAUAAUUAUGAUUAAUACAGGGCAUGAAAACUAUGACAGUCUGACCGCGUCCCGUUUCUUGGAUCACUUUCUUGGUGGCCGAUCAUUCAACGGGGCAAUUUCGAACCUGCCUCUAUCUGACAGCGCAAAUAUCAGCGCCAGUUUUUCUCUCAUUCCGACAAAUCAAGGUGGUGAAAACAGUAAUGGGGAUGCCAGCAGUGGUAAUAACAAUGGCGGAAGCAGUGGUCAUGGUGGGAGCAGCGGUCAUGGCGGGAACAACGCGGGCAACAGUGGCAACGCCGGAGGAAACAGUCACCGGAAUGCAAGUCACCGCAGCGGAAAUAUCAACACGGGAGGUAGCGGAAACAACAGUAUGAACGAAACGAGGCUGUUCUUUAGCCAGGAAAAUCGAUUUAAUCAUGUGGAUCCCAAUUUCAAUCUGCUCAAUGACGACAAGUUUGCAGAGAAGGAAGAUGAUAUAACGUUAAGUAAGUAUUUAAAAAAUUUAUUUCCAACGAAGAACAAAGCAGAUUUAGAGAGCUCCAAAAGUAACGCCCUCUAUGUUUGUCUAGAAGAACCCGUAUCGUCACAGGCCCUGAUUGAUAUCUGCAGAUUACUGUUUUUAAAAAAAGAAAUCAACAAAAAGAUCAUGUUUACCUUGUUUUGCAAUUUAACAUGUUCGUAUCAGAAGACUAAGAUUUGUGCUUUGCAAUUAUUUAUGAGCAUUUUAUGGUCUGCUUCUGUUGACCUGCAUGGGAAGAACAAUGCCCCCCGAGUGGUAGCUCUGCGGCAGGCUGUUAAUUUCCCCCCAAAAAUGCUUUACCACAAUGUUAACAAGAAGAACUAUGGACUUUUUUCGGAUAACUAUUUUACAACUGCGUAUGUAUCAUCGGAGAGGGUACUAGAACAAGUGCAGUCGCUACUUAUUACCAUCCCACACAUCACUUCGUUCUUCUCUAUGCUGCUCGUGCACCCCGCGUUUUUCGUUCCCAAGGAUAUCAUCGAGCAUAAGGUUGUGGGGUCGAAGAAGAGUGGAAAUGGCGAGUCGAGGAAGGGCUCCAGCAGUAAUGUGUUCGUGGAGGAUCCUCCAAAGGGGGAAAUUUCCCAAGUGUCUCCAGAAAUGACGCACACUUUGGCAUGCAAAAAGGAAGAACCUGUGGCUGCGCUGCAGGUGACGACUCCCGUACAAGGCACCUCCAACAGGAUUAACGACGACGAGGCGGCCAUUCUGCAGUACGAACUGAAGAGAAAGCGACCCAAAAUGGACCAGAAAAAUAGCCCCCAUGCGCUGGCACUGAACACAAAAAUAGAACACUCCAAACAAGUGGAUAAAUCAAAAAACGAGUACCCAAUUAAUAUCCUAUUUAAGCUGCUGAAUUCGUUCAUAUAUUUAACCUCCAAAAAACUGAUGAGUCACCUCCUUUCGGUCAUUUUCAAUCUUCUAAUUAACUGCGGGAAGAAAUGGCACACGUAUAGUAACUUCACCAAAUGGGUGUACACAGAAAAUUUGGAAGAGCUGCUAGAUGCCGAAAAUGCUAACAAUGAUGAGGAGGUGAUGGGGGCUAAAAAGAAGGACGACGCGAGUAACAACGAUGCGAGUAACGACACGAGCAACAACGAAAAGGCUACGUUAAACAACGACGCGAGCAACAACGGUGCGAACAACAACGAAACGGCUGCGCUAAACAACGCGAGUGAUAGCCGAUGUGGAAGAAGUAACAGCGGAAAUAAGAGGAACACAACGAGUAAAGGCAAAAAACAAAGACAACACAGUAGUAACUUGAAGGAGUUCUACCACUCCUCAUCUAAAAUUAACAGAGAGCUACUAAUGAGCAUUAGAAAUAUAAAAAAAAAUGAACCAGAUAGUAGUAAAAAAGAUUCUACGAAGAAGCCAUUCUACCUACUAGAUGUCAUAUCACUAGAUGCCCUGAGUAAUUUGAGUAAACUAAUCUGUAACUAUAAAACAAAUUUCUUAUGGAUCAACAGUAAUAAUAACAACAACAACAACAACACGAAUACAGCUGCUAACAAUAAUAACCUAGAGCAAGUGCACAAGCAGGACAUUUCGUCACUAACGCAAAUUAUUGUCAUGUUCUUUUCUCAUUACAAGCUAAAAAAAUGGAAUAUUCAAACAUUGAAAUAUCAUACCCAUGUGUUGAUCAAAAGAAUUAUUUAUGAUUUGAGAAAAAUUGUUCACUCCAUACAUAACAGAACUUUUGAUGUUUAUGCAGUUGAUCACUCGGAUAGCUUGGAACAGAAACUAAUUGCAUUUUAUCGAGUCAUUACCAUUUUAUUUAAUGCUCCCUCUUUGAUUGACAAUCUGAUUAAUAGAAGUGAAGCCAGCAGAAAUUCCAGCGCCGAAGAAAUUAGCAGCAGUAACCCCCCUUCUAAGAGUGUACUAGAUUUCAGUGCUGGCAGCACAACGUCUGCUGCUCCAAACGUGGGUACAUCCAAUGGGGACACUGCACCGGUGAAUGAAGUAGGUCUCGGUGAUAUCGCCACAGGUGAUGGAGGGGCUACUCGUACUGACCAUGUAAUAAACCAUGCGACGGAAAAAAAAAACGCAGACGAAGAAACCAAGUUUGACAUUUGUGCUGAUUUUUUUCUCUCCAUUAACAUCGACGCUCUUUGGGAGGAAUUCAACAAAGCCAUGCAGGUAAUCAAUAAUGCCCUGAUAGAUAAAAAUUACAAAUUUACAUAUAACAAUAGGAGCAAUAUGCAGUUCCCGUCAGAGGAAGGAAAAACGGAGCAGCGUAAGGGAAGUAUGCUACUACAACAGCACACACGUGGAGAGACCAACGAAGGAGUAGUAGGAGAAGGAGUAGUACCCAUCACGUCUACCCCCUCCUGUACAAAUGGAAAGAACAAAGAAGGGGAAAAACCACUCGGAGGAGAGAUAAACAAAUCGUUCUUCGACUUGGAUUCUUCCUCUAGCGAAACGUCAGAAGGGGGGGAUCCCAAUUCGGUGACUGCAGGCAGCUCGCAACAUGAAGGACCCCUCGCACGCAGUGUAGAAGAAAACGUUGACAGCAUUGCAGAGGAAAGACCCAACCAAAACGGAGAUAACAACGAGAACAGCAACCCAGUGGAAGAUAAAAAGAAAGAAAGUGAGGAUGAUCCACCCCCAACUAUUUUGAACUACCUCCUACCACUCAUGGAGGCCUACCUCUUCAUAGAAGAAGUCAUCCUAGUAUCCCAAUAUAAGUUGAAAAAAUUUAAAGAUUUGGAAAAAAAAGUCUCCAACUUGAAUAUCGAAAGUAUAAAAAUUAAUGAAAAGUUGGCAUAUGACGAUAGCCCCUUUUACAUUAGCAUAUAUCAUAAGAAGGAGAAACGGUUGGCUAGUGAUUCCACCGGGGGAGACCUCAAAUUGGGAAAGUUCAACACGGGUAGCCGGGUCAGUAGCAACCUUUCCAACAAAAUGAAAAGGAAGAAGGAACUAAGUGAAUCGUCAGAUGAGGAGUUGCAGAAGGAAGGGCAGCACAAACUACACAAAAAGGAGGAGGAUAUUACUAUGACACAUUUGCCAGGAGAGGAGGCCAAAUCCAACGCAGCCAAAUUUAACCAGCUGGGUAAUGACGAUGAUGCGAAUGUGCAACAAAGCAAAGGUGUGAUAAACAAAAGGGAAGAAAUGAUGGGAUACCUUGGAAAUGACGCAGAGGAGGGGAACCAAGAAGGAGUUGUAAAAGAGCCGAAGAAGAAAGCCAAAUUCGCUGAAUUGCUCACGGGCGAAAAGAGCACAGUUAGCAAUUCCCAAAAUGGUAACCACACUGUGGAGGCUACCGCAAGUGGAACGUAUGAAUUUGCGAAGCGCACACCCGGAGAAGGGGAAGCGGCGCAACAGCAGGGUGGAGAAGUCGGGCACGUCAUGGACGAAUACGAUGGGGAGGACGCAGAAGAGGAGAUGAUGAUACGUGCGUUUGGCGAUGCCACCAAUGACGAUGGAGACCGUCGCGAUAAUCGGUACGAUGUGGACGACAACGAUGACGACGAGUACAUACAGAUUAAGCUGGAGGACAACGAAGGAAGUAUUAACUGUCGACAUAAGAAGCUCAUCAAAUUUGUUUACAUAAACAGGAGAGUGAUUAACAGCUUGAUCAAGCAAACCCCGAUACUGCUGCACCACAACUUCAAGUCGCUUAUUAAGCUGACUUCAUCCUGCAUCAACUUCGAAAAUAAGAGGCAUUACUUGAGGAAGAAACUGAAACACCUCAAGUCAGGGGUAAGAACCGAGCCAAUUCGUUUGAACAUAAGGAGAGAAAAAGUAUUUACCGAUUCGUAUUACCAACUGAGGAAUAAGUCGGGUAAUGAUUUAAAAGGAAAAUUAAUAGUUACUUUCAAAAAUGAGGAAGGAGUAGAUGCAGGAGGGUUGACUCGAGAGUGGUACUCCAUACUAGCCAAAGAAAUAUUCAAUCCCAAUUAUGCUUUAUUCUGUCGAGAAGGAAAAAAAAGCGAGUUUAACCAUCCAAACCCUCUGUCAUAUAUUAACCCGGACCACUUGCACUUCUUCAAAUUUGUGGGCAAAUUUAUCGCAAAGGCUAUUUAUGAUGGGCAAGUGAUAGAUGCCUAUUUUUGCAGGUCCUUUUAUAAACACAUGCUUGGAAGGAAAAUACUCCCAGCGGAUGCAGAAUCGGUAGACCCCGAGUUUUACAACAGUCUAAUCAAAAUUGCAGAGUAUAAAUUAGAAGACCUAAAUUUGGAAAUAAACUUUAGCACCGAAAUUGACGAGUUUGGAAAAACCAAAAUAAUUGACCUCAUUCCAAAUGGUAGAAAUAUCCCAGUGACUGAUGAAAAUAAACACAAGUAUAUUGAGCUUCUAUGUGAGAUGAAAGUAACGAACAGUAUAAAGGAACAGUUGGAAGCUUUCAUGGAUGGUUUCAAGGAGCUAAUUCAACCCAAACUGAUCUCCAUUUUUGAUGACAAAGAGUUGGAAUUACUCAUUAGUGGUAUUCCCACCAUAGACCUAAACGACUUAAAAGAGAACGUUGAAUAUCAUAAUUAUUCUCCCAACUCGAUUCAAAUUAUUUGGUUAUGGGAUGUACUCCAAGAAUUUGAUGAAAAUAAAAAGGCUUCUUUUUUACAGUUUGUUACUGGAACAAGUAGAGUGCCUUUAGGUGGUUUUAAAAAUCUCAUGGGAAUGAGGGGUGCGCAGAAGAUGAUUAUUUACAGGGCCUACGGUGAGGAUCGCCUCCCUACUGCCCACACCUGCUUCAAUCAAUUGGACCUACCUGAGUACUCUUCCAAGGAGUUGUUAAGGAGCAAGUUAAUCAGGGCCAUCAUGGAGGGAAAGGAGGGCUUCGGAUUUAUAUGA